AUGACUUCAUCAAUAAUUCAUUCUAAAUAUUUGAAUUUUUCAUCAACUAAUCAUUCGAAUAAUAAUUCAUUAAAUUCUGAAUCAUUUACAUCAAAUAAUAAUAAUCAUCUUAUUAAUAAAUUUAAAUCAAAUAAUAUAGAAAUAUCCAAAGAUUUAAACGUAUUUAAUGUUUCACAAAAUAUAAAUAAUUCAAUGAAUAAUAAUAUAACCAAUAUGAAUGGAAACAUAGAUUUAAAUAAUGAAGAAAAUAAAUUAAAUGAUAAUAAAAAUGAACUUAUAAAUGCAUCAAGUAAAUCUGGUAAUACAGCUUCUGCUAAAAAAAUGAAAAAUAUACCUGUUGAAUUAACUGCUUAUGGUACAACACCGUCUGGAAAACCAAGAUUAUUUGUUUGUCAAGUUUGUACAAGAGCUUUUGCAAGAUUAGAACAUUUAAGAAGACAUGAAAGAUCACAUACUAAAGAAAAACCUUUUAGUUGUGGAGUUUGUCAAAGAAAAUUUAGUCGUAGAGAUUUACUAUUAAGACAUGCACAAAAAUUACAUGCUGGUUGUACUGAUGCAAUAACAAGAUUAAGAAGAAAAUCUUUAAAACCAAAAGAUGAUGAAGAUGGAGAUGAUGAUGAUGUAGAAGAAGGAGAAAAAGAAGAAGUAGAACAGCAACCAGCAGCACCAGUUAAAAAGGAAAGUUCAGUUGAAUUUAACUUAAAUUUAUUUGAUAAUAAUAAUAAUAAUUCCAAACCAAAUAUUGCAAAAUCAAAAGUACUGAAAAUUACUACCACCACCAAAAAACCAACAACCACUAAUAAUUCUUCAUCCAAUUCAUCAUCAAAUACAACCAGAAAAAACUCAACCACAACUUCGUUACAAAGACACGUACUAGAAAGGAAAAGAACAACUGAUUCAUCAAUGUCAGGUAUAACGAUAACUCCAACCAGAAGAAUGAGAGGUGCUUCAUUUUCAGCUCAAUCAGGUCCAAAUUAUGCAGUUAAUGUUCAAGAAUUUAAUGAUGUAUAUCCACAAUCAGAUAAUGUUGAAUUUUCAACUCCUCAAUUAUUACCAACAAAUAAUAAUGAUGAAUUAAAUUGGUUGAAUAGUUUAACUUCAAUACCUGGAUUAUCAGAAAAUUCAAAUUUUAUUAAAGUUAAUCGACAACCUUCUUUACCUUUCACUGAAUAUCCAACACCGCCAGUUAAUGUAAGUCAUCAUGGUUCUUUUUCAAAUCAAUCUUUUGGUAUGACACAAUCUGAUAGUAUAAAUUCAAUAAACUCUAAUUUUGAUGGUUCAUAUAUGAUGCCUACAGUAACUUUAACUAAUCAAGAAAUUCAAAAUGGAGUAACUGCUCAUCAAAAUAUGAUUCAACAACAAUAUUCUGGAUAUGAUCAACAACAAAAUGUUGAUACUGGUUAUUCAUUUUAUGAUAUUCCUGAUAAUAUGUUAGAUAUGGCUUUAUCAGUAGGAGAACAAAAUCAUUUUAAAGUACUUACACCAAUAAAACAAGAACAAGAACCUUAUGAAGAAAUGCCACUACCACCGCCACAACAAGAUGUUGAUUUGAAUUUUUUAAAUGAUAUUGAUAAUUUAACUCAUGAAAUUGAUGUAAAUUCGAAAUUUAUGCCCGGAGGUUAUUCAUUUUAUGGAGAUAAUCCUUCAGCAAGUUCAUCUGGUAUGGACACAAAUUCACCAAAUUUUAAAUCACCACCAAGACAACAACAAAACUACGUUGAUCAUCAUCAACUAAUGAAUUUAGAAAAUUCAUCAAAUUCUCCAGAUGUAAGUGAUCAAUUAAAUAGAAUAAAAUUGGGAAAUUACUCAAAAAAUAAAUUAUUUACAAAUCAUAUGAGACAACUUAUCAAUAGAGCAUUAAAUAAAUAUCCAAUAAGUGGGAUCACCACACCCAUUAUUCCAUCAAAUGAAAAACUUGAAAUGUAUUUAUCAUAUUUUAUAAAAGACUUUUUAUCUCAUUACCCUUUUAUACACAUUUCAAAGUUAAAUGAAUACGAAAUUAUGAGUAUGGCAUCUGAUGAAGCUGAUAGUAAUGAAAGUGCAAGAGUCUGUUUACCUUUAUUGGUUGCAACUAUUGGGGCAUUAUUAGCAAACAACAAGAAUGAUUCAGAACAUCUUUAUGAAGGCUCAAGAAGAGCAAUACAUAUUUAUUUGGAGAGCAGGAAAGUUGUUGUUGAAAAGAAAAUUGCUUCGUCAGUAAAUCCACUUUGGUUGAUACAAUCUUUAACAUUAUCUGUUAUUUAUGGACUAUUUUCAGAAAAUGUAAACAAUGUUUAUAUUGUCAUGAGACAAUUAAAUGCAUUGAAUUCAUUAGUGAAAACAUCAAUAAAAGAUUCUAGAGAUAUUUUAUUCUCCAUCCAUGGUGAAGAUGAAUUAAUAUACAAGAAAAUAGCAGAAACUAGCAAUCUUGACGAAGUCUCAUUGUUUUCAAACAAUUUCAAUGAUGAAAUUAAAUUCAAAAAUCAUAUAAAUUUACAACUGCAAAUUAGAAUUGUUUUUAUAAUUUAUAGAGUUACAAAUUUCUUAUUCAUGAUGUAUAAUGUUCCAUUAACUUUAUCGGUAAAUGAUUUGAACCACCUAACAAUACCAAGUAGAAGUGAUGAAUAUUUAUGGGGGUUUAAAAAUUUUCAGGAAUUUCAAGAAAUUUGUCAAAUUAAUGGUGAUAACAUUGGAAAUCAUUUACACACAAACAAAAUCAAUUUUAAGGAUUUAUUAUUAAAUAUUUCAAAUGAAUCAAUGAAUUCUAAAUUGGAUGAUAUGAGUAAAUUUGGAUUUAAUUCAUUAAUUCAUGGAUUCUAUGAAAUAAAACAAUAUAAAGAAAUGGAAAAAAUUGACACUUUUAAAGUACUUAAUGAAAUUACAAGCCAUUUUCCAAAAGCUAAGACCACAAAAAAGGAUAUUGAAAAAAUUGAUUAUGUAUUGUUGGUAAAUUUCACAAAAAUAACUACAGUUCUAGAUUUAAAACUGGUUAAAACUCAAUGUUGGUUGAAAAAUUAUGAUGAACUCGAGAAUCAUUUUGAUUUGUUGUUUUAUGAUAACCCUGUUAAUGAUUUUAAUUAUUUACAAGUAAUUGAUUGUUGUUUAUCUGUUUUAAAAGUACUUCUAUUCAGAGCUGAAGAAACUUCAGAAAAUAUUUUUGAUACAGAUUUUGGUUAUCUUGAUAAUAAUGUUGAUAAUUAUAAAGAAUUUGCAAAAAUGAUUCAAUUUGAAUAUACUGAUGAAUUUGAUCCAACUCAUAAUUUAAUACAUUCACAAGUUUUAUAUCAUGUUUUCACUAUAUUAGCAAUGUUUUCAAUAUAUCUUAUAAAAAGAAGAAAAAAUCAUAACAAUGAUACCAUAUUAUAUGAAUUAAAUACCAAAAAUCAAGAAAUUUUUUCAAUUAUGGAAAAAAUUAAAUCACAAUUAAAACUAAAAUAUCAUUUAAAUAAUGCAGGCAUUAUAAAUGAAAAUAAUUUUACAAAUUUUUAUCUUUUUAGUGAUUCAGAAACAACAAAAGAAUUAGAAAAAACGCUUUAUAUUUUAAAAAUUGGUGAAAUGUGUUUAAGCUUUUUAUAUGAUUCAAAUAUCAAAGUUUCAAUAUUAAGAAAAUUGAGUAAUAAUUUAUCAAGAAUUAGAAAAUAUAUUAUAGAUAAUGAAAAUAAAUUAGGUUUAUAA